AGCCUGUUGGCUAUGGGGAGGUUUUCUUAAGAAGCACAACAAAGUGAUCAAACAUGGCCCUGGGCUGCUGUCUGCUGAAGAAUGCAGCUGUCUCAAACCUGGAUGCAGAAAGCAAACUGAGUGUCUACUAUCGCGCACCUUGGCAUCAGCAAAGAAACAUUUUCCUUCCUUCCACCAGACCAGCUUGUGUAGAAGAGCUGCAUCGCCAUGCAAAGCAGAAUUUGCGAGCCUUGAGGAAAGAGCAACGAAAUUGGGGUGAUAACAGAGAACAGAAAGUCCUGAGCCAAAUCUCCGUGGUGGCUCCUCCGUUUCCCUCUUUUCCUGUAACCUGCAGUCAGAAGAACAAAGAGACAAAGGACCGUCACUUGCUAAAAUUUUACAGCACCCGCUCACCCUCCCCCACUGAGUGUUGCCACAUGACCCCAUGGAGUAGAAAGUCCCACCUUCCGGAGGAAGAAGAUACAGAUGUCAUGUUAGGGCAGAGGCCGAAAAAUCCAAUACAUAAUAUCCCUUCUACACUGGAUAAGCAAACCAAUUGGAGCAAAGCCCUACCUCUCCCAACUCCAGAGGAGAAAAUGAAACGAGAUGCCCAAGUGAUUUCCUCUUGCAUUAUCCCCAUCAAUGUCACUGGAGUUGGUUUUGACAGAGAGGCUAGUAUACGCUGCUCUCUUGUUCACUCACAAUCCGUACUACAGAGGAGACGGAAAUUGAGAAGGAGGAAAACCAUCUCUGGCAUCCCCAGAAGAGUCCAACAAGAAAUAGAUUCUGACGAAUCACCAGUAGCAAGAGAACGGAAUGUGAUUGUGCAUGCAAAUCCAGACUUCUCUAAUAACAUCAACAGGAGAUCAGGUACCAGGGACUCUGAGUGCCAGACAGAAGAAAUCCUCAUUGCUGCCCCAUCCCGGAGAAGAAUCCGAGCUCAGAGGGGUCAGAGUGUAGUAGCCUCCCUGUCUCACUCAGCUGGCAACAUAUUGGUGCUGACAGACAACGGUGACACCAUGUUUACAUCAGUGAGCAACCGUGUCCGAUCAAGGAGUCUUCCUCGUGAAGGUGCUAGGGCCAAUGAAGUGGACCACAACACUGGUGCCAAAAUGUCAGCUUACGAUGCAGAACACUUUUUAGCAAGCCAAGAAAGAAUUUCCACAAACAGUAAAGAUGCCAUUAAUAGUCAGUGUUCUCAAGAACACCACCCCAUAGGUUUAUCUUGUUCUCAGCAUCUUCAUAGCCCAGAUCAUAACUCAAAUGAGAGGGGAAGGUCAAGGUUAUCAAGGAUGGCGGAUUCAGGAAGCUGUGAUAUUUCAUCAAAUUCCGACACCUUUGGAAGUCCCAUUCACUCUAUCUCCACAGCUGGGGUUCUUCUCAGCAGUCACAUGGACCAGAAAGAUGACCAUCAAUCAUCUAGUGGGAAUUGGAGUGGAAGCAGCUCAACGUGUCCUUCCCAGACGUCAGAAACUAUUCCACCUGCUGCUUCUCCCCCGCUGACUGGUUCUUCACACUGUGAUUCAGAAUUAUCACUGAACAUUGCCCCUAAUGCCAAUGAAGAUUCUAGUGUUUUCAUAACGGAACACUACAGUGAUCAGAUUGAUAAGAUUAGAGUCCACAGGGCAAGUUCUUUCACUUCCACUGUAGCUGAUCUACUUGAUGAUCCUAAUAACAGCAACACAAGUGACAGUGAAUGGAAUUACUUGCAUCAUCAUCAUGAUGCAUCCUGCCGUCAAGAUUUCAGCCCUGAACGCCCAAAGGCUGACAGCCUGGGAUGUCCAAGUUUUACAAGCAUGGCCACUUAUGAUAGUUUUAUAGAGAAGACCCCAUCUGACAAAGCAGAUACUAGCUCACACUUUUCGGUUGAUACUGAGGGCUACUAUACCUCCAUGCACUUUGACUGUGGUCUCAAGGGAACUAAAAGUUAUAUUUGUAACUAUGCAGCUGUGGGCUCUGAGAGUGGCCAGAAUGCAAGUGUUGCUUCCAGUCUCACUAACUGCGCCUGGCAGGAUUAUGUAAAUCAUAGGAGGCAAGGAAAACAGAGCAUUUCUCUAAAGAAACCAAAGGCAAAGCCAGCCCCACCAAAACGCAGUUCGUCUUUAAGGAAAUCUGACAGCAGUACAGAUCUUCCUGAGAAGAAAGAACCAAAGAUUAGCAGUGGGCAGCAGCACAUGGCUCACACUUCCAGGGAAAUGAAGCUGCCCCUCGAGUUUUCAAACACACCUUCAAGAGUGGAAAAUACUAAUCUGCCAAGCAAACAAGAACUAUCCUGGGAUAAUCAGGAUGAGAGCGGAUUAAAAGACCUUCCGUUUGACACCAUGGACAUCCCAUCAUUUAAAGAUGAAGGUGCUGAACAAUCUCACUAUGCAGAUCUCUGGCUUCUAAAUGACUUGAAAUCUAAUGAUCCUUAUAGGUCUUUAUCCAAUUCUAGCACUGCUACGGGUACUACGGUCAUAGAAUGCAUAAAGUCGCCAGAAAGUUCUGAAUCGCAAACAUCACAGUCUGGAUCAAGAGCCACCACUCCUUCCCUCCCUUCUGUUGAAAAUGAAUUUAAGUUGGCAUCCCCAGAAAAGUUGGCUGGGUUAGCUUCUCCGUCAAGCGGUUACUCCAGUCAAUCUGAAACGCCAACGUCAUCUUUUCCUACAGCUUUCUUUUCUGGACCCUUAUCCCCAGGGGGGAGUAAAAGAAAGCCAAAAGUACCAGAAAGGAAGUCUUCUUUACAACAGCCAUCUUCUAAAGAUGGCAACAUAUCUCUAAACAAAGAUCUAGAACUUCCAGUUAUACCUCCAACUCAUCUUGACCUAAGUGCUCUUCAUAAUGUCUUGGAUAAACCAUAUGCUCACAGACACCAACUACAUGCUUUUAAUAACAAUAAACCGAACAUAGUAGAAGAAGCACUGAACUCUAAUUCUCCACCAGCCCUUGCUAUUACACCUUCAGUUCUGAAAUCUGUACAUCUUCGUUCAAUUAAUAAGCCUGAAGAAGUGAAACAAAAAGACAAUAAAGACCUUCUCCACAUUCAAGGAAAUACUUUAAUGGUGACUGCCAUUUCUUCAGGUAAAAUUAAACCACAUGUAAGUAAGAUAUCACGCCAAUACUCCAUGGAAGAGGCCAUAGUGUCCUAUAUUAACGUUUCUCCAGUACAGAUAAGCCCUGAAGAAUUGCAAGCAGAAAGCAGUUUGACUUAUGAUGAAAAGAAUACCUGUCAAGAGACUCUAACCUCAUUAGACAUGGGUGCUCCAGCAGCUAAAUACAUAACAAAUCCAAUGCAUCCGGUUCGUGAGUUUUUACUAGAGAAUACAUUCAAUAAACCCUGUGGCAGUUCUGCUGAAUGGUUUCCACAAGGCACAGCAGUCCUUUCAAGCAAUUCUGAGGGGAGGAUGAUUACUUGUGGAUCAGAUCAGGAUAGGGGUCCUGACCCUGUGCAGCUUCAGCAAGAAUUACCUGCACACUGUGAACAAAAGUUGGAAUAUGAACCUCUAAAUGAAAAUAUACCCCAGUCUGACUCCUCAGCUUGGGGAGCAGAUAUUAGUUAUCAAUUAAAGCAUCAGCUUGAUCUAAACCAACAUGAUGAUAAAGUGCCUGGGAAUAUCAGCUACGAGUCAGAGAUCUCAACUGUAGAUUCACUCAGUGAAAAAUAUUCUGAGCAGGAAAAUGAUAUUGCGUCAGGUAUUCCAACCAAAAGUGCCUCAGAUGACAAUGACAGCAGAGCAGCUGAGACACAAGAGACUCCAGAUGAUGAUGUCUUAAAAGAAUUUUCUCUGAGUGAUGAUUCCAUAAUCUCGCCCUUAAGUGAAGAUUCUCAGGCUGAAGCAGAUGACGUUUUUGUCUCUCCAAAUAAACCUCGAACAACAGAAGAUCUUUUUGCAGUCAUUCACCGGUCAAAAAGGAAAGUGCUUGGAAGAAAGGAUUCUGGAGACGCUUCUGCGAGAAACAGAUUGAGAUCUUCAUCUAGUACUAGCAGUGUGUCUUCUGCCAGCAGCACAUCACCUGCAACUAAUGCUCCCCCCGCCACCAGUGUGGCAAGCCCAGCAAGCAGCCACAGGUCUCCUGGACUUAUUUACAGGAAUGCCAAAAAGUCCAACACAUCAAAUGAGGAAUUUAAACUGUUGCUCUUGAAAAAGGGCAGUCGGUCAGAUUCUAGCUAUAGGAUGUCAGCUACCGAGAUACUGAAGAGUCCUAUUUCGCCUAAAUCUCCUGGGGAACUAAUUGGAGAUACUCUUCAAAAUGCUGAUGAGUCUUCCCAAGCCUCAUCAAGUGCUGAGGCAUUAGCUCCUCUUUCUCCUUGCCCCCCCAGAAUAAAUGCUGAAGGGUUUUCUUCCAAAAGCUUUCCUACAUCAGCAUCGUCACGAGUAGGACGGUCUCGGGCACCCCCUGCAGCCAGCAGUAGCCGGUACAGUGUCCGCUGCAGACUGUACAACGCCCCGAUGCAAGCCAUUUCUGAAGGAGAGACUGAGAAUUCUGAUGGGAGCCCCCACGAUGAUCGAUCCUCUCAGAGUUCCACAUAGGCACAUAGGGAGGGGCCAGAGCACACAACUGACUGUGGGAACUCUGCAUUCACUUAGCCCAUGUGAAUAUAAAAGGCCAACGCUGUAGCAGGCAAAUACCAUGCAGGGCAAUAUUGAUGCUUGAAAAUGCUAAGGAUUGCUAAGAGACUGGAAGAAGAGAAGAUGAUCUGUAGCUAUUUAUUACUUCACAUUUUCUAUAAGUAUAAACAUAUACUAAAUGGUUAGCUUUGGUUAACUUUCAUUUCAUUUCUUUCAUGUUUCCUAUCAUCAGUGUAGGUUUGCAUUAUCCUGUUUUCAGAGUUCCCUCUCCCACUCCAAAGAGGCCAUCUAGGAUCAAAAACAUUACCUUCACUGUUGUGCUUCCCUAGGGAAAAAACAAAUAAUUGCUUGAGGAAUUGGUAUUUUUUUACACUAAGAUGAACUGAAACAAAAUUUAGAAGAAAUGAACAAAACAGAUGUACAUAUCCAUAUUUUUGAUAAAUAUUUGUAAAUAGAAUUAUUGGAGAGCAAAAAACGUGGUUGGGGACAAAUAACAGCCUUGUUGAAAGACAAAAAAAAGAUAAAGGUAAUGACUGUAUUCUGUGAAUACAAUUUUCUUACUAAACAUAAUUUACAUAUCUACCACAACCACUUCCAGUUAAACAAUUAAAGCCUCUAACAUGAAUUUUAACAAUUGAAUUAGAGGACAUCCUCUAUUAAUUACUAUCAAAUUUAAUAAUAUAUGAUUGCCUUUCAAAAAUGCUAUUCCAAACAAGCUAAUUUUGAAAUGCAGCUUGUAGCAAGAGGCUGAUUGAUGGGCACUACAAACUGUUUAUAUAAACCAGAUUUUCUGUUGUGGCUUCUCUCUCCUCCUCCUGCAAGAAACCUGAGAAGUGUAGUUAUGUGAACACGUGGGUGGUAUGCUGAGAACAGUGUCAGCCUAUUAAUCAAGUUAUUUCCCUUGUCUCUUUUAAGAAAGCCCUUUUGAACCUCCCUGAAGUGUGUGUGUUUCCACAAUCAUUGCCCCAGUUCCAGACAACCCUCUCUCUUUCUCUUGCCAUUCUCAUCUUGUUUACACAUGUGCGUUCUAAGAUAGCAUUCUGGUAUUCAUGGGUUUGCUUUCUAAAAGCAUCCCAUGAGCACCUACACUGCAGAAGUUGUAGCAAGUGUGCACUUUUCUUGAGCAAAUUCACAGGCUGGAUUCCAGAUUCUUAUCUGGUGAUCUUCUCAGAUAUUGCUGCAGUAAAUAUUGGUGGUUAAUAAUAAUAUGCACUAAACCUGUAGAUUCUACAUAGGCUUAUAAACAGGGGAAAACAUUUUUAAAAGCUGGAGAAAAGGGAGGAUGCAGAAAUUACAACCAUCUCAAUAGUCAUAGGCUAACUUAGGUAGAUGACUCUUGAGAAAAGAUUUAAAACAAGGAAAGAGAAAUAAUUAACUUAAUAUUACAUGACAACGAAUUCCAUAAAUAAAGAGCAAUAAAGGAAAAAUCAUGAAAACACAAAACAGAAGGAAAAAUAUGAGGUUUAAUAUGCAACAAAGAGCAAGCAAAACAAAGUUAGAAUAAAUAUUUAGAAAUAAAAAUGAAUGGCAAAGCCUAGAGAAAGAAUUCAUUUAAAAAUAAAACAUUUCAAACUGGAUGUGAACUGGGAAAGGAAAACUACUGCAAAGCGCUCAAAAGAAGAGAGUUAUGACCACAGAAAAUAAGAUGGGCAGCAAAAUGUAAGACAAAACAAGAUGGAUUUGAUGUGUUCCUUUCCCAGGGAAGAAUAAUUAAUAGAACAUUAUGAUAAUCCAAAUGAGACAAAAUGAGAACUAGCCAAAGUGUAGGAGAAUCAAUGAAAAAGAACAAAUUCUAGCAAUAUAUAACUGAAAACAACAGGAUUUAACUACUGACAACAUAUGAAGAGAAAAAGAAUAAAAAGUUGCAUCAGGAUCUCUAGCUCGAGAAACACAAAAACGUAACACAGAAGAGGAAUUCAGAGGAAAUAAUAAAUCCCCACAUAAUGUUUAGGUACUCACCAUAAAGGAAAACUGGAAGUUGGCUCAAAUACUGUGAGCCAGUGGAAAAGGGACCAUAUCAUCAUCUGUACAUUGUUUGGCACAAGGUUGGCACUAACUAAAAGUGAAAAAGCAGUAGUAGAAUAUCACAGCCUUUUCUUCCAUUUUCAUUAACAUAAACCACAAUCCUAUCCUUACUUACUAAGUCCCAUUAAAAUCAGACAGUCUUAUUUUUUAGUAAAGCUGUUUAAGGCUAUACUGCUGGGCUGCAAUCCUAAGUACACUGACCAGGUAAAUCCCACUGAACUCAGUGAGAUCUUCUUCUGAAUAGACAUGUAUAGGAUUGGGUUUAUGAAUACUUUCCAUAUCUCCAGUUCCUUAUUCAGUUAUUAAUGUCAAGCAGUACGUGGCAGAAAGUAUCAUGGACGUCUGCAAGAAUUUUUAGGGGGGGACACACAAAGUAUAUAAAUAUAUAACUAGUAUCAGGAAACAUGUCUAUCAUUUCUAAUAGAUCUGAUGACUGAGCCUGGGCACCAGGUCCAUGGAGUUGGGUCGCUCCGGCCUUUGGCUUCUACCCUUCCGUUGUUUCUCAAUGGGUAGGCGUGGUGUUCAAGAUGGCAUCUUUCCACCCAUGGCUGAAACAAUCCAUUCUUUCCUAUUUCCUCCCCCUCCAUCCCUUAUUUAAUUACUCUGCUGCUACAAUAAACUUCACCACCACCAUCGUCCUCUACAUUUCCCUUUAAAAAAUCCACUUUGCCCUGGGAUUAGACAAGAACACUGGACUCAACUGCAGGGUUGUCAUAUACACUAUUCUAAAUCUCUCCCCCAUACAAAGCAAAAGGGGCAUAUAACAACCCUGGGCUAAUUUGUAGAGUUGACAUAACUCACCCACUCUUGGCCACAGUUCCACACCCCUCUAAUAUGAGUAUUAGCAGGUAAUUCUUUGUUUACAAAUGUGGGGGGGGGGAAUACUUUUUUCUUUUCUUUUUACUAUGAAAUAAAAUACAAGUUAGAAAUAUCAUGAACUUCUUUCUUUGCUGCUAUCUUUUGUUUUUGGGUAGACACAGUAAUGCCAACUGAAAUGACACUAAAAUCCUGGAUUUCAGUGUUGUUUUCUAAGGGGCAACAAGUCCUUCACCAUCAGGGAAGACAACAUAAAUGGCUGAAAAAUUAAGGCAGGAUUUACUUCUCCAGACAAUGAGUGUGUCAAUCAUUGCUAUAACUUCAUCAAUACGCUAAACAGACUGAAAGGCAAGAGCAGCUUAGUUUCCCACAAACAAGCUGGCAGAAUAGUACUUGCAGAUUUUGCCUCUAAUCUAUGGUUUUGCAAGGGCUCUGAGCAACAUGGUUCAUCCAGGGAGAAGGGAUCAACUGCACACACACAAAUGUGUAUGGGAGGUAUUGAACUUAAAUCAUGAGACCUGUAUUAUGGUUUCUGCCUAUCUAUUACGUACUCAGCAGUUCAACCUAUCUCACAAGGCUGUGGUUAGGAUAAAAUUGGAUGGUCCAUGUAUGUUGUUCUGAACUUCUUGGAAGAAAGGUAUGCUGGCUACAAAGGAGAUUAAGUAGAUGCUGUGUAAUUAGCAUUCCUCUCAAGCGCAGACUAUGAAAGACUAAGCAAAAUCCAUCUCUUUUUAACAACCGCAGUAAUGAAUACACAGGAUUCCUAGUGCUAAAACAUGUUCAUCAUCCUGAUGAGCCCAUAGAGAUUCUCAGCCCCGACACACAACUACAAGUCCCAGGGUUCCUUGGAGAAGCCAGGUCCAUUCAACAGAUUUAAAACUAAUUUAAGUUUGUAGUGCCACUGUAACUAAAAUAAUCGUUGUUUGGAAUGAAAAGCACACUUUUAAUAGGACCCCCCUUCCAAGGUAAAAUCUUGACUGUCAGGCUUUUCUGUGAUGUUUGGGACUUAAUUUGGACAAAGACUGUAAAGAGGGGACAAGUACAAGGAAACGGUACUUAUUUUCAUAUUAUUAUUAUUAUUAUUAUUAAUUACUACUACUACUACUACUACUACUAGGCUGUUGGGAGACCUAGUCAUAACCUGGUAAAUAAAAUUUUGAAACAGGAUUAGUUUCAUGUUCAUGAAGUAAAUAACUAUUAAGCAUGCAACAAAUGCUGUUGAUUCUUCAAUAAAAUUGUGUAACAACCUUUCAGUGAAGCUUUGUGUGGACAAUAUUCAUGCUACCUAAAUAUUUAGAGAAAUGACACUGUGAAAAAAAAAGCUGAGAAAUAGAUGUAUGUAUGCAUUCUUUAUAUAGCUUACUUAAAAUGGAACGGGGAAGCUUUCUGGUUCAUUUUGCCAGCCACAUACAGCUCAGUUUCUUUCUCUGCUGGUUUUACCAGAAAUGCUUAGCAGGGUGGAAAUCUAUAUUGGGUGGGAUGAAAAAGGAAUCAGAGCAAAUAUUUUGAAUAAAUGAAGGCAGGGAAUCAAAAGCUGGAUUACUUGAAGUUACUUGAAUUUUCUUGUCUGAAAACUAAAAGCAAAACCAAGCUGAUAUAAGAUCAAACUAUAAUUGGUUUUUAAAAAAACAACGUCCUUAUAUGCAGAAAAUGACAUCACUAUUUUUAGAAUAGAAUGUUUUCCAUAGAUAGAUCAGUUUUCCAACCGCAACAUACUCUAAAAUCAAAUAGACAUUCAAUCCGUUUUCUAAAAUGCAGCACACUAAUAUAAACUGCAGAAAUAUUUAACUGCAGAAUACAAAUGAAAGAAGAUUUUAUGCAGAGAGAAAUUUUGAGAAGGAAUGUGGCAUGUAGUACAAAUUGAGCAGAAUGGCUGAAUUAAGUUGGUAGUCACUAGUAGGACUAUGAGUAAGUUGGCUUUAAGCAGAAGUAAAUUUUAAUAGGAAUCUAGGAGGAAUGAAAAGCAGGGGGAGGAUUGCCCUUUUUUGGCUCAUGAUGGUAAGUUUAAAGAUAAAUUUAUAUAUUCUUUGAAAUUCAAAUGAUUGAGUGAAUAAUUACACUUAAAAUUAGUUUUGAGUGUAAAAACUAAUUUCUAUCAGGAGCUUAGAAAUACACUUUUGUAUGUUUUCUUACAAUCCUCCAGUAUGGUAAGAGAUGGAUGGUCAGAAUGUGUGUAGAAAGAGUAGCGAGAACAUGAGAUUAUUUGCCCAAUUUUAAGAUUUGCCAUGCUGGCAAAUAUAUUUAGGAUGAGCCAUCUGCACUGCUGAGCCAGUAUGUGUCAACACAAACUAUGACAAUGUUGUGGCAACAUGCACGUUGGGGCAAACAACUUAGGAUCUGGAUGCCUGGCAGCAAAGGAUUUUGAAACUUAAAUGCUUGGAUGAGGUGCAAAAGAAAGGAGUUAGUAUUAGAAGUAAGCCUUAUGAAUUGUAGCUAAUAGGCAAGUUCUAAAAAGUGGUUGAAAAAGCAAGUGAAAUGGAAUGCAUUAGUGAGUUAACAAGAUCCAUGUAGCUUUAAAAAAAGAACCAGUCUCAUAAACUUGAUAUGGGAGGCACAUGUGCCAUCUGAGAUCACUUUUGUUAAGGUUACUGCCAGUAAUACUUAAAGCCUGACUAUGCCUCUUGAUGCUAAGAAUUGGGGGUACCAACAAUGACAUUGCUUUAUUGUUACAGGCAGUACUAUUCACAUUUAAAUCAGGGUGCCAAAUCUAUUUACUAGAAGUGCUAUAUGUGCUUUAUAGUAAAACUGUAGUAGAAAACAGCUACAUUGGUUUCUCCAAGAUGUCGGUCUUGUAGAUGCCAUCCAGUCCACGUAAGCAGAUUCCUCCAUUUAAUGAUUUUGCAUUGAUACCACUGAUAGCUAUAUAUAUAUAUAUAUAAAAACCAUGCAACUUGAAUUAGAAGGCAGUGAAACACCUUCUAUGUAAUGCUCACAAAACUAUCAUAAAUACUUAUUUUGUUUACUCAAAAAUCUAUGACAAAGUGUUUCUAUUUUGUAUUUAUCAGAUUAAAGCCCAAAUUAAGAUGGAUUAUGAAUCCACUUAAAAGAAAUUAUAUACAUAAAUAAACCCUGAUUAAGCAAUCUGCUGUAGGCAUAUAGAGUUCUGCUGUCCACAAGGGUGCCCCCAUUCAAACUGGGGAGGGGGCACAAUUUAGCAUACAGUGUUUCCCCAUCACUCAACUUAAUGGCAGCAACCUACACACAUAGGAGUCCUUGUGGGUGUAAGUACACAGAGCUUUGUAUCAGGGUAAUAAAUUUUGGGGAUGAAAACAACCUAAGGCUGAAAUCCUAUGCACAUUUUCCUGGGAGGAGGUCCCAUUGAAUACAGUGGGACCUACUUACACAUAAAUAUGCAUAGGGUUGCACUGCACAAGUAGUAUGUCUUCAGAGCCCUCAAGACAGAAAUUAAUUAAUAUCUCAUCUUGAAACAGGGUAUAAAUUUAAAAACAUAACUAACUUGUGAACCAUUCAUCUGACUCGCACUUCUGUUGUUUGCACUGAUGUUACAAGAAGUUUUGAAGUUAUGCAGCUGUUUGUUUUCUUCUAAUAACAUUUUUUCUUUUCUUUUUUAUUAUUGUGGCAACAUAGAGAAUAUGGUUUAGCUGCAGAAAAUGAAGCAUAUGUUUGCAUUUGCCAAAGGUCACUGAUAGAGUGCAUUUGCUGCAAUUGUGGCAGCUUUAGAGAAAUACUGUAGGUUAUGACUUAAAAGUUUAAAAACCAAUUAAGAAGGUUACAGUGUAACUAUUUUGGUACUAGCACCAGUUCAUGCUGGCAGAAGAGACAAUGGUUUAUGGACUUGCAUCCAUUUUGUAUUUUUGUAAUAUUUGUAAAUAUGAACUUUUUAAAUUGUUGCAAAGAUGGUUUCUUUUGUAAAAAUGUUUUCAAAGUUUACAUUAAAUCCAAGCCUUUGUAUAUUUUAGAGCUGUGCAACACUUUAAGUCUUGUAUUUAUUUUUAGUAAAAACAGUGAGUUUCAUUGUGAACCCCCUCUCUAAAACGUGUCGGAAAAGUUUGAUUAUCUAGGAAGUGUGUAUAGAAACUGCAAAUAAACGUGACUGCAAUUAAACUGCUCAAUUCU